GGAGUGUGUCUCUGCGUCCCCAUCAGCUCUGUUGGGUCACACGAUCGCGCCUCUCUCCCGCUGACCAACAUCUAAAGCUGGCUGCUCCCAUGAGCCUCAAACGUUCUCUCAAGUGGACUACAACCUGCCGGUGGAUACAAGACCCAUGAUGUGGCAGUAGGAUUGUUUUACGGCUUUAUCUUUUUUACAGUUUCGAUAAAAAUUUGGAUGAAACUUUGAAGAGGACUCCAUCCCUUCUGUUGGAUGAUGGCACAGGCAGUAUCUGUCAUAUUUCUCAUUUUUCUGGAAAUAACACGUGUUGCUGCCAUCGAGCUGCGGUUCAUGCCUGAUCCACCCACACUAAACACAAACGGCACCCAGCGGUUGAACAAAUCUGACAACCUGGAACUAACAUGCAGAGGUCGCCAGCAUCUCAGGUGGACCACGCCUACCAUAAGCACUCGCUUCUCCACCAACGACUGCAGCGGAUCGGGACUUUUCUGCACCAAGCUGACAAUCACCAAUGCCACUGUGAAUGAAACAGGACUGUAUCGGUGUUCCUACAAGGAUCUGAAAGUUGAAGACGGCAAGACUGCAGUAGCAACCCACGUGUUUGUAAAUGAUUACAAGGUGCCGUUUGUGCCUUCUGACAAGGAGUGUGAGUUGGUCUUCAUCCGCGAGGGAGAGCGGGUGGUGAUUCCCUGCCGAGGCUCGGUGGAGGAGCUCAAUGUGACGCUCAACACUAAGUAUCCAAUCAAGGAGAUCCAUCCUGAUGGGAAGGAUUCGGUGUGGGAUGCCCGGACAGGCUUCACGGUACCUGCUCAUCUGAUCAGUUAUGCCGGCGUCGUGUCUUGCCAGACUCGGAUCGGGAACCAGACCUUCAAGUCCCCUCUCUACAUUGUGGCGGUUGUUGGAUACAUGAUUUACAACCUCACCCUGACCCCUGUGCAACAGAGGCUGUCUGUGGGGGAGCGGCUGGAGCUCAGCUGCACCGCCCACACCGAGCUCAACGUGGGCAUUCAAUUCAACUGGACCCACUCUGGAGGGAUGCUGACCUCAGAUGGUGGAUCAAGACCGUUUUACAAAGUCUCCCACAAGAAGAAGCUGUGGAACUCUCUGGUGCUGUCCAACACGCUGAUAGUGGAGAACGUCACGGCGGAUCACACUGGAUAUUUCACCUGCACGGCAUCCAGCGGCCAGAUGGAGAAAAGUGCCUCAAUAUAUUUUACAGUCUAUGAAAAACCUUUCAUUGAUCUGAAAGAACCAUGGUUCAAGGUGUGGGAAGCAAAUGUGGGGGAACAAACCUCCAUUCCUGUCAAAUACUCGGCUUAUCCAGAACCCGACUUCAGAUGGUUAAAAAAUGGCCAAGCACUGAAAGAAAACUACAGAGUAAAGAUGAAAAAUGAUGCUCUCGUCAUCCGUAAAGUCACAGCGAUGGAUGCCGGGAACUACACGUUGGUCCUGACCAAUAAGAUCACACAGAGACGCUCGUUUCAGUUGAUGGUUAAUGUGCCUCCCCAUAUCAUCGAGAAGGAGGUGGCUGCUGACACUGAUGUGUACGAGUAUGGCAGGAGCCCCACCCUCAGCUGUACCGCUCGUGGAUUUCCCACACCUGAGCACAUCCAGUGGCAGUGGACCAAGGAGAACUGCUUAGAGGCCUUCAUGUAUGAUGCCAACAAGUGGGAGUUCCCUCGGGACAGGCUGAAGCUCGGGGAACCUCUGGGCCGAGGUGCGUUUGGUCAGGUGGUAGAGGCGGCUGCGUUUGGGAUAGAGAAAGCCACCACAUGCACGACUGUUGCAGUCAAGAUGCUGAAGGAGGGAGCCACUUCUAGUGAAUAUCGUGCCUUGAUGUCAGAGCUGAAAAUACUCAUCCACAUUGGACACCACCUGAAUGUGGUCAACCUGCUGGGAGCCUGCACAAAGCCUGGGGGGCCGCUGAUGGUGAUUGUUGAGUACUGUAAAAAUGGAAACUUGUCCAGCUACCUGAAGAGCAAGCGGGGAGAGUACAGCCCCUACAAGAGAAAGCGAGUGAACAGCCAGAGGUGGGCCUCUGUAGAGGAGGACGUGACUGAGGGGGAUCUGGGUUUGGGGAAGGUUGCCCAGCUGGAUAUCUGCACAGGCACAGCUGAAGACAAAGCUCCAGGCAGCAGUGUAGACCCCCACAAAGAGAGUUCCGUUGAUGACCACCUGACCAUGGAGGAUCUGAUAAGCUACAGCUUCCAAGUCGCCAAAGGAAUGGAGUUUCUGUCCUCUCGCAAAUGCAUCCACCGAGAUCUAGCAGCCAGAAACAUCCUGCUCUCAGAAAACAAUGUGGUGAAGAUUUGUGACUUUGGCCUUGCCAGAGAUGUCUACAAAGACCCUGACUAUGUCCGCAAGGGAGACGCACGUCUUCCUCUGAAGUGGAUGGCUCCUGAGACUAUCUUUGACCGAGUUUACACCACACAGAGUGAUGUUUGGUCCUUUGGCGUUCUUCUCUGGGAGAUCUUUUCCUUGGGAGCUUCUCCCUAUCCGGGUGUCUGCAUCGAUGAAUCUUUCUGCAGGAGGCUGAAGGAAGGCACAAGGAUGAGACCUCCAGAAUACGCCACCACGGAAAUAUACCAGACCAUGCUGGACUGCUGGAUGGACUGUGCCACAGACAGACCCAUGUUUGCAGAGUUGGUUGAACAUCUGGGCAAUCUCUUACAAGCCAGCGCCCGUCAGGAUGGGAAGGAUUACAUCCCCCUGACAGCAGGUGAAGCAGAAGGGCGCUCCGUGCCCACAGAUCCCAGAGGUCCCUGCAGUCGGCCUCAAAGCGGGAACCUGAUAGAAACUCACUAUGACAGCCCAACAUGUCUUGGGCUGUCCCAGCAGAGUGAGAGGCCCCUCAGUGUAAAGACAUUUGAAGACAUCCCCAUGGUGCACAGCAGUGUGAUGGAGGGUCACACAGACAGUGGGAUGGGCUUCUCUCCCACAGUUUUAAACCAGCAGCUGCCCACCAUGCCCAACUUCAGCCAACUCCUGCGAUCCAAGAGUAAAGAGUCAGUGGCUUCAGAGUCGUCCAAUCAGACGAGUGGUUAUCAGUCGGGGUACCACUCUGAUGACACAGAUGCUCCGAUCUAUGCUAAUGAGGAGGUGAUCCUGAAGCACACCAUGCUGAAGAAAUCUCCGCUGCCCAAGACGCCUGAAAUUGAGAUCCGCUACAGCACUCCACCCGUCUGACACCACCUAUUCCUCACUGACUUUGGGACUUUAUCCCAGGUCCUCUCGCCGUACAGACUCAAUUUACUUUUCACUACAAGACCAACAAAGCAGCGGGAACAAUAGUUGGCUUUUAGGCAUUUUCCCAAUAAGGAACCAUUACAGGUCAACAGUGAAAAAGGAAGGUUGUGUGAUAACUCGCUCUGGACAACCGGAGGAUUGGUAUCAUGUUUACGUAGCGAGUGAAACAUUUAAGGAGCACAAACAGAGGACAUAUUCUGAGGCUCAAUCUGCUCACUUCCUCUGCAGGAAACGACAUCUGGAGUUCUAGAUAAUCGAAUCGUGGAGUGUUUUUUUUCUGACGUUCAUCUCGAUCUUUGGUGUGCUCAAGUUGGAGCGAUGUGUGUGUAGAGUCCUUUUGUACAGUUAUUGUAUUCAUGCUACUUACAGUAUUCUAUUGAACAUGGAUUACUAAACCUCAACUUAAUGUAAUUAAUGUUUAAAAAUAAAAUACUCACAGAUUA